AUGGCCGGACCGCGCGCAGGAAAGAAAUCCAAGGUCAACGGCUCUGCCGACGGGGACUCAUCAAGCAAGCAGUCCCUCAACGAGGCCUUCGAUAAGGACCUCUACGGCAAUAAUGGCGUGGACAAAUAUUCGGGUUACGACACGUCCAUCGCUGUCCAAGACCAGGGUGACGAUAUGGAAGAUGUCCAGCUGAAUGGGCGGAGCCUUGUCGGACAAUACACAGCCUCGAAAGAAAUACUGAACGAGUUCGCGCACGGCGACACUGAGGAGGCGGAUAUCCUCGACAGCCGCGAGAAACAGGCGCAGAUCGCCUCGCGCGAGACCGACUACCAACGGCGGCGAUUCGAUCGAGCGCUUUCUCCGACACGAGCAGACCCCUUCGCCAAGGAUGGUGAGGAUGCUGGCAUGUCGUACAAGGAUGUCAUGAAGGAGCGCGAGUUCGAACGUGAGGAGGCUCGUAUACAGAGACUGAUUGAAGAUAAGGAGAAGUCAGGUGGAAGUGAAGUGCUGGACCACAAGCCCACACUGAAGGAUGAUGCGCCUGCCGUCACUGGCGACAAGACCCCACCCAUGGAGAAGAAGCGCAAGAGGCGACGAUGGGACGAGGGCGCCAGUGAAGCGCCAGCGAUCAAGGAGGACGAGGUCAAAGAAGAGCCAGAGGUCAAGAAGCGAUCGCGAUGGUCACCAGCCCCAGAGGAAGAGAAGGCCCCUGAGCCAGCUGCGCCGGCACGGUCGCGCUGGGACACAACAGCUGUAGCACCCUCGAGUGCCACAACGCCCGCUCCUACUGCCAAUGGUGCUCGUGCAGCGAUGCCAACUUUCGCAUUCGGUACCGACGUCUCGAACCGCAACGCUCCCCUAUCCGACGAACAGCUCGACAUGAUGCUCCCCGGUGAAGCAGAAGGCUACAAGAUCUUAGAGGCACCUCCCGGCUACGAGCCAGUCCGGCGGCCGGUGGGCAUGCCUGCGCUUCCUACAGGAUAUCAAGGCUUCUUGAUCCCGGAAGCAGACAACAGCUUGGCUGCAAUGGGCAAGCAGCUGCCGACGGAGAUUCCUGGUGUUGGUGACCUGCAGUUCUUCAAGAAUGAGGACAUGAAGUACUUCGGCAAGCUCACCGAUGGUGCGGAUGAGACCGACAUGACUGUUGAAGAGCUCAAGGAGCGCAAGAUUAUGCGCCUCCUCUUGAAAGUCAAGAAUGGAACGCCACCAAUGCGAAAAACCGCGCUGCGACAGCUUACGGACAACGCUCGCCAGUUUGGUGCUGGAGCCCUCUUCAACCAGAUUCUUCCCUUACUAAUGGAGCGCACUCUGGAAGACCAGGAGCGACAUUUGCUCGUCAAGGUCAUCGAUCGUGUUCUAUACAAGCUCGAUGACCUUGUUCGCCCCUACGUACACAAGAUCUUGGUAGUCAUUGAACCGCUUCUUAUCGACCAGGACUACUACGCCCGUGUGGAAGGUCGAGAGAUCAUCUCCAACCUGGCAAAGGCUGCCGGUCUUGCACACAUGAUCAGUACGAUGCGUCCUGACCUGGAUCAUCAAGAUGAAUACGUCCGGAACACAACCGCGAGAGCUUUCGCAGUUGUCGCAUCCGCUCUUGGCAUUCCCGCUCUCCUUCCUUUCCUCCGAGCCGUGUGUCGAUCCAAGAAAUCAUGGCACGCCCGUCACACUGGUGUAAAAAUUGUUCAGCAGAUCCCUAUCCUGAUGGGUUGCGCUAUCCUACCGCACUUGAAGGGAUUGGUUGAAUGCAUUGGGGAGAACCUGAACGACGAACAACCAAAGGUCCGCAUGGUCACAGCACUUGCGCUCGCUGCCCUUGCUGAAGCUGCAAGCCCGUACGGUAUCGAAUCGUUCGAUGACAUUCUCAACCCGCUAUGGACCGGAGCUCGACGCCAGCGCGGUAAAGCCCUUGCAUCUUUCCUGAAGGCUGUCGGUUAUGUGAUUCCCCUCAUGGACGAGGAAUACUCCAAUUACUAUACUAGUCAGAUCAUGGAGAUUGUCAUCCGAGAGUUUCAGUCCCCUGAUGAGGAGAUGAAGAAGGUCGUGCUGAAGGUCGUGUCACAAUGCUCAAAUACUGCAGGUGUCACUCCAGUCUACCUCAAGGACAACGUUCUACCAGAGUUCUUCAAACAUUUCUGGGUGCGACGUAUGGCCCUCGACAAGCGCAACUACCGACAGGUAGUUGAUACCACCGUAGAUCUUGCACAGAAAGCUGGCGUAGCUGAAAUCGUUGGCCGGAUCGUUAACAACAUGAAGGACGAAAACGAGGCAUACCGCAAGAUGACGGUCGAGACUGUUGACAAGGUCAUCAGUACACUUGGCGCUCAUGACGUUGACCAACGCUUGGAAGAGCAGCUCAUCGACGGUGUACUCGUUGCUUUCCAAGAUCAGACAGUCGAAGAUCCCAUUGUCAUCGAUGGCUUUGCUACCGUUGUUAACGCACUUGGUGAGCGUACCAAGACCUAUCUUCCGCAGAUAGUCGCCACAGUUCUCGCUCGACUGAACAACAAGUCCGCCACCGUUCGACAGCAAGCAGCGGAUUUGAUCUCCCGAAUCACUUUUGUUAUGCAAAAGUGUGAUGAAGAUCCACAGCUGAUCAAGCUCGCCCAGGCACUGUACGAAUACCUUGGUGAGGAGUACCCUGAAGUCCUCGGGUCCAUCUUGGGUGCCCUUCGUGCUAUUGUUACAGUUGUCGGUCUCCAUGCUAUGCAACCGCCCAUCAAGGAUCUGCUACCCCGACUGACACCUAUUCUUCGCAAUCGACAUGAGAAGGUACAAGAGAACACGAUUGAUCUUGUUGGCCGAAUCGCAGAUCGGGGUGCAAAUUAUGUCAAUCCUCGAGAAUGGAUGCGAAUCUGCUUCGAACUCCUGGACAUGCUCAAGGCUCAUAAGAAAGGUAUUCGACGUGCUGCCAACAAUACCUUCGGCUACAUCGCAAAAGCUAUCGGCCCUCAGGAUGUGUUGGCAACUCUUUUGGGCAAUCUUCGCGUACAAGAGCGUCAGUCUCGUGUCUGUACUGCUGUUGCCAUCGGUAUCGUGGCCGAAACUUGCGCACCUUUCACCGUGCUUCCCGCUCUGAUGAACGAGUACCGAGUGCCAGAGCUCAACGUUCAAAAUGGUGUGCUCAAGUCGCUAUCCUUCAUGUUUGAGUAUAUUGGCGAAAUGGCGAAGGAUUACGUAUACGCCAUCACACCUUUGCUAGAAGAUGCCCUCAUCGACCGAGACCAGGUUCAUCGGCAAACUGCUGCAGCGGUCGUAAAACACGUUGCUCUUGGCUGUGUCGGUCUUGACUGCGAAGACGCGAUGAUUCACCUGCUUAACCUGUUGUGGCCGAACUUGUUCGAAACCAGUCCUCACGUUAUCGACCGAAUCAUCGAGGCUAUCGAGGGUAUUCGAAAUGCAGUCGGCACUCCACUAGUCAUGAACUACGUCUGGGCCGGCCUAUUCCACCCUGCUCGCAAAGUUCGACAGCCGUACUGGCGUAUUUACAAUGAUGCGUAUGUGCAGAAUGCUGACGCUAUGGUUCCGGCCUACCCGACGUUCGAAGAGGAGGAAGUCAGGAGACAUGAGUUGGACAUUUUCAUUUGA